CCGUGAGUUGGACGUGUGCCACUGCAUUUUCGUGAGUCAAGAAGAUUUUCUUCACUGUGCCUCCUUGGGAUCUGGAAUUAAAUAUGCCAUUUUCGAUUUCGCACAGCGCUCUGAAGGUUUUCGGAAUAGUCCUUUCAGUGCUUUUGCAUACUUCAGAGAGCAGAACUCUGAUCCUUGCUCCUGACCAGGGGACCACCAUCACCAUCAGCAGGAGGGUUUCGGGGUCAAACUGCACAGUGUGUACCAUAGAGGGCCCCAAGCAGCAGUGCUUCACGGCGGUGACCCUGACCGGCACCCGCAAAACAACUGUGGAAUUUAAAUGCUCCCACCCAGAGCAGCUCUUCACAGUGGACAUCCAUGUGGACAUUGCCUGCACAGAGAAAUCCUGCAGUAGAGACAUUGUCCAGAGGGAAUCCUUGCCCUUCCUGGAAUUCAACCGCACCUUCACCUGGGACCUGAAAACUGAUCAUUCCCAGUCCUUUGAGGUGGCCUUCUCUGAGGUGGGAAUGAAGCAGAUCCUACCAUCUGAGAAGUGCCCAGACCAGCACACCUACACCUUCACCGUUUACCAGGCAACCGGGCCAGCCACCAUCGGGACCUUCUGCCGAAAUGGCUCCAUCACCACCAUCCUAGCGCUCUCCAAGGCCAGGCUGUUACUGGAGGUGCCGGGGGGGAGGAAGUUGGACCCUGCAGUCUACAACGUCUCCGUUGGGCCAGAGAUCAAAACGUUUGCCGUAGUUGAAGUUGCGCUGCCUCACGGGUCAUCAGCGUCCGAGUUCUUCUCUCCCAACUACCCCAACAGUUUCCCUGAUGAUGACCUGAUGUCUUGGGACUUUGAGGUCCCGCCAAAGCACUUUGCAACUGUGCGCUUCCUGAAUUACACAAAGCCGGAGUGCAUGAAGAAGGAUGCGGUGGUGGAGUACCACAGACCCGGAAAGUUCGCCAUUGUGAAGGAGCUGGAGGACCCACAGCCCAGCGGCAGGCAGGGGGACUUCUCCCUAUUCCUGAGGAACUGCGAGAUGGAGAGGGGGACCAAUGCGUCAGGCCUGUCCCUGCAUUUCCAGGUCUCUGUGGCCAGGGGCAGCCGCCCAGAGUUUUGCACGGUAGACCUGCAGAAGGAGAAAGGCCUCGUGCUCCACAUUGAGAAAGACGCCAAGUCAAAAUGCGAGUUGAAACAAGACUCAGUCAUCCAAGAGAAGAUCACUGUGUCUUCUGGGAAGGUGACUCUCUCUUUCCAGGACUGUCUGAGCAAAGACCUGAAUUUAACCAUCAGCAAAACCAUAGAAUGUUUGCAGUGGGAGAAGUGCCCAGUGGGCCAGGUUCCUCUUGCUGUCCCCGCCCUGGAGACAUGCCUGCCCAAGCCCUUACGCAAAAUCACCUGGCAUCUGCAGGCCCCUGAUGGUGGCACUGUGGAGCUACUGCCCUCUUCAGGCAGCCUCCGGCAGUCACUGCCCAGCCAGCGGUGCAACAGCAGCGUCUCUCUCACUGUUGCUGAGGACAGUGGGGUCACCGUUGGAAGCUUCUGUCCCCUUGGCCCCAUCAAGAAGGUCCAGAUCCAUGGCAGUGUUUCCAUCACUGUUACCCCAACAGGCAGCAUGGACCUCAGCAAAGCUUCAAAGCCCUUCUUCAACAUCUCCUUCAGCAAAGAGAUUAGAGAGAGGUACAUCUUCACAGUCUCCCCUGAAAAGGACACCCCGACAAUCCUUGGCACACCCGGCUGGCCGGCCGGGAUGAAGUCCUCCUCAACGGUCUCAUGGCUCGUCUUGGUGCCCCCAGAGUACCAGGCAGAACUGCUGUUCACCGACAUCAGCCAGCCCAAGUGCAGGAACGGUCACACCAGCAUGAAGGUGCAGACCCUGGGCUCCAAGGAGGAAAUGUUCAGCCGGCGCGAGGAUGAGAAGGCCGAGGUCAAGCUGACCGUCCCGGAGAGCUUCUACCUCAACAUGUCCAACUGCCAACCUGAGUAUGGAGAAUUCUACGUGCUGAGUCAGAUCACCCUUCAGAAGAACACCAGCCUCCUCCUAGGCAUCAUCUUGGGCACCGUUGGUGCGUUGCUGCUUCUGAUGCUCAUCAUUCUAAUCGUAGUGUGCGUGGUGAUCAGGAAGAAGAAAAGGCAGAUGGCUCAUGCAGUGUCUAUCUACAACCCCAAUGGGAACACCUAUUUGCCAGGACAUCCGCGGUUCCCCAAAACAAGGGCAGACAAUGAGUCUCACAUCUACGCCUCCAUUGAUGACACCAUGGUGUACGGUCACCUGCUGCAGGAAUCCAGCUACCCCAUUCCCAUGAACAGUUAUCAUGGGAGGCCACAGGUGGACAUCUACCGGAGCUUCACUGGACCUGUGGAGGCCCCGCCCCCACCCCUACCCCACGAUCGGGUCAUGAAGCCGCACACCGAGAUAGAGAACCCCGAGGUGGAUGUGUACCGUCCCUUCGUGGACCCAUCUGAAAGUGUUCUGCCUGUCCCCCACCAUACUGUGAGCCAUGAGGACAGCCUGGGGAAUGAAGCCAUGGUGGACAAUGAGCUGUACACCAGCAAUGGAAAAACCUCACUGCCCCACACCCUCAAUAACAGUGAGCAAAGAGCAGAGCAGAAGCAUGCAGCAUAGGGGGCAGCCAAGGGUGGGGGGUGUGAGUAUGUUGGAGGUGCACAGGAAGGGGUCAGCACAUUGCUGUCAUUGAAAUAUGUCUCACUGCGGCAAGUGGCAGGCUACAGCGGCAUGCUACAGUGAAGAGUUCCAUAUCUUUGUCCAGGUGACAUUCUGUUAAGAUUUGGAGCUGGCAAUGAUGAAAAUAUUCCUUUCAUUUUCUACCCCACCUUGCAGGGCAAAGUCUGUGCUUUUGUUCUGUACCACCACCAAAAUAAUGGUACCCCACUCGAUUGUCUCAGAAACAUACAUACUUUUACAGUACACCAUGGGUUUUAAUAGGAGGCAGGAGUUUCUUUGCAAUUUCCAUUAAAUCAGAGAGGACUUUUACUGCCCCCUAGAGGACAAAUGUGACUGAGGAAAUGGGGGAAGAACUUCUGCGUAGUUUUUCUAUAUUCUUACAAAAGGUUCUCGUCCUUCUAGCUCCAGCAGAGAGUCUACUAUAGAGAGUUGCUCUGAAAUGUCUGAAAUGUCAACUAUAUUCUCUACUACCUCAC